AUGGCGCUGCUGGAGCGGGCGGUGGGGCUGCGGGGGCGGGCGGGGCCGCUGCGGGUGGGGCAGCGCUCGGCCGGCGGCACCGGGGUGGUGGUGUGGGACGCGGCGCUGGUGCUGGCCGCCUUCCUCGACAAGAGCGCCGCCCCGGCCGCCCCCCGCCUGCCCCUCCGACAAAAGGCCGCCCUCGAGCUGGGCGCCGGAACGGGCCUCGUGGGCCUCAUGGCCGCCGCCCUCGGGGCAAAUGUUACAGUGACGGAUCUCGAAGAAGUUCAGGAUUUGCUGGAAAUGAACAUUGAGAAGAAUCGGCACCUUAUCACCGGUUCCGUUCAAGCCAAGGUACUGAAAUGGGGUGAAGAAGUGACAGACUUUCUACCGGUGCCAGAUUACAUACUGAUGGCAGACUGCAUCUACUAUGAGGAGUCGUUGGAGCCGCUAAUCAAGACCCUGAAGGAUCUCUCUGGCCCAGAGACCCAAAUCCUUUGUUGCUACGAAGAAAGAACGAUGGGGAAAAACCCAGAAGUGGAGCGGAGAUACUUUGAGCUUCUUCAGAAGGAUUUUGAAUUGGAGCAAGUUCCCCUAGACCAGCACGAUGAGGAAUAUCGGAGCGAGGACAUUCAUAUCUUCAUCAUCCGGAAGAAAAGAACGAAUGCCCCAUCAUGAGGAAGGCACAAAAGAAGCGGCGGCUUACGAAGCAGCGGAAAGUCCUUUGUGCAGCUCUGAUGUGGCAGAAGUGGGUAGAGAAGAG